GUUGCUUCCGCAACAUAUUCUCUGCUAUUGAUAGGCUCCCGCACGACUUCUCCCUUGCCCCCAACAUUGCUACGUGUUUAGCACUUCCCCUCCGCUCAGUAUGCCUACCAGCCACAAGCACUACCUCCUUCCCUCCCUCCUGGCAACACCUCCGCGUUGAAGAUGCCUUUCUUGUUGGCCCUUCUUUCAACGUUCUCUGCCGUCGAGCGCCGGCUGAUUUCCCACGCAACCCGCUCAUAUUGCGCAAGUUUUUCAAGAGAGUUGACUCUCGCGACAUCUUGCUACAACCUUUCCUUGUUCGCGCUUUCCUCCCUUCUCAUAUCCUUCAGCUCAAUGACCCUUCCAUUCCUUCCCGUUCAGGUUCAUCAAUCAAUGCUAGCCCUUUUGUUUGCGGCCUUUUACCUGGAAUACCGUGGUCCAAGCUGAAACCUCGUAUGUAUCGUUCUCUUUGUUCCUCUUCUGUUUCUCCUCCCCUGUCGUCUACACUGUCCAGCUCACAAUGGCGAAUCUUUUGGAACCUUCCUAUACACCACCAUGUCCGCAACAUCUGGUACCGAGGUCUGCACCACAAAUUGUCAUCCCGCUCCCUGUUGCAUCGCAUACUUCCUGGCCCCUUCCCCACCGACUCUUGCCCCAUUUGUGAAGCCUCUACAGACACACCCGACCAUUUCCUCUUCUCCUGCCCCCUCAAAAUUGACGUUUGGUCUACAUUCUGGCAAGAUGUCUUUGGAUCUCAUCCUACUCUUCCUAUACUCCAUGAUGCAUUUUACAACCUGUCUUUCCCCUAUACCCGCCCCUCUGAUAUUCACGCCGCCUCUCUCUUUAGCUGAGCCCUUCUGGCGAUCUGGCGACAUCAUUGGUCCACGGUGUUCGACAAUACACCUUUUGUAUCUUCCACCGUCCUAUCUGCCGCUUCCCGCUUGGUUGCCAUAUUUAAGGCUGAAAAAUCUCUUGAUGACCUUGCCUGUUCUAUUGCUACUUAGCUCUACCUUUAGUUUUCCUUCUUACAUAUACACCUCAAAAAAAAUCAAAAACCCAAAAACAAAUUUUGUGACGUACGUCCUUUUUUUUAGCUAGUGAUCCUCACAAUAAAAACCUGAGCUCUAAUUGCUCCCUACAAAAAAA